AUGGUUCCGCGGCUUGACCGGAGUGGUUUGAUCAUUUUUACCAACGCACCGGUCAUUUCCGACGAGGAGGCUCAACGUCCCCACGAUGGAAAUCUUCCAAUCCCCGUCUUCAAGACUCAGAACAAACUGGCGGCCGAUUUGGAACCAUCCGGGAUAUUGGCGCCGCCGACAAGGAGGGUAAAGUCGCCACGCCACUGGCAACCCGAGGAGUUUAUAGCUGAGCGGGCUCCAACCCUCAUCGGCCACUUUCUUCGUGUGAUUUGUCAACCCAUCCGAGUCGCGGAUCAAAGUUCACUGUAUGGAACGCCAGCUGACCUGGCCUCCAUCGAAGGGGAUUGGACUUUGAACGGGCGACGGAACGAUCCAGAGACACUGGAUGGACUGUAG